GGGGAGGGGUUUAGAAAAAGAGGACGGACAGGCAGGUAUGAAGGCGGGCAUCAGGGCGGGGCGAGGGCGAGGGGCAAUUCUUCAGAUUCCCCACCCCCUCGUUUGUUUUGCAAGAUUGUUAUUUGAUUUAGAACCCAUCAACUACAAGUCAAUCACAAUAUUUCAACCUAAUACCACAUACUACCCAGCUACCACUUAGACUUCUACCCAAUCUUCUGGUUGCGCUCCCGUGCAUACAUUUUACAUAGUAAAAGAGACGGACUGCAAUAUUCAACAUGAGCUCCACCGAGAACACCGAACCCAAGGUCGGCGAGACCAAGGCUGCCGAGAUGGCUGAGAGCAAACCUCUUACUUCAUCAUCCGUCUUCUCCAUGUUUGGCGGUGGCGCAAAGAAGGAGAAGAAGGAGGAUGAUGAUCGUGGUGACGUUUCCGGUAGCGCCAAGGCCCAGCGCGAGGCCGCUGCUGCUGCGAAGGGUGAUGAUGAGGAGGAGGUAGCUCCCGAGUCGGAGGACGUCCACUUCGAACCCGUCCACAAGCUCACCGAGAAAAUCAAGACGGUAACACACGAAGAGUCCGAGGAGGAGAUAUUCAACAUGCGAUGCAAGAUGUUCAAGUUCACUCAAGAUGCCGAGGGCAAGGGUGAGUGGAAGGAGCGUGGUACUGGACCUCUCCGUCUAUUGAAGCAUAAGGAGAAUGGCAAGAUUCGUCUGGUUAUGCGACGAGACAAGACCCUCAAAGUUUGCGCCAACCACUAUAUUACCCCUGAGAUGACGAUCGCCCCUAUGUCUACCAGCGACCGUGCCUGGCUCUGGAAUGUGGGCGCUGAUGUUAGCGAGGGUGAACCUGAGGCUAUCACCGUUUCCGUUCGCGUAGCUAAUGCCGAGAAUGCUCAACUGUUUAAGGAAGCCUGGCUCAAGGCCCAAAAGGACAACGAGGUGCUCUUUGCCCAGGCAGCCCAGGCCAAGAACGAGACAGAGGAAUCCGAGCCCAAGGCGGAGGAAAAGAAGGAGGAAGCCGCUGCUUCCUCGUAAUGUGCCGGCAUUCAUGGUGUCAAGGAUGGUGUUCGCCCGAAAUCCGUUGGGUGUUGUGGACUUCCAAUCACUCAGAUUCGCUGCAUGGUGGAUGUAUAGAGCAAGUGCUCCGCAGCGGAAGAUUUGGAAAGUAGGGCAUGUCCUCAAGGAUUUACAGAGCAGCGAAGGACGGUAAUGAUUAUGACGGGAGAUGAAGAGAGACGCUUAGAUAGUGUACGGGUGGAUCAAACACCAACUCCCCCAAUAACUUAGUCACGACACUUUGUCCCCUGCGAAACGCUUCACAUUCACAAUGAAUACAACCCCGAUCCCCCCAAAAGAUACUACUGAUAUCGCGAAUAGAAGAAGUGUUAAAAAGGUUGUAGAGCUGUUGAAGUGAUAUAUAUAUACCUAUGUGGGCUGACUUGUUUAGUUCGAACUUUGGAAAUAUUGAGAGACUAGGUAAUCUUGUAGAUGUGUAAAAUAUUGAUACUGUAUAUCUAUUAAA